CAAUUAGGCUAUUGUAUUAUGUAUGUUGAUGCAAAUUCCAUGUUAGAUUUUAGAUGAUAAUCGAGACGAUCAUUUUCCCCACUGAAAACACGGAAAAAUACUAAAUUGACAAGAAAUUGCUUGGUUUGAAGCAACAUCCAAAUGUGGAGAUAAAACAAUUUGUGAUUUUAAAAAGUUGGAUUAGAUUUCACGUGGAUUGGUUCCAAGAUUGGAGCUCUGGUGAUUCACGAUGCUAUAGUUUCUGAUGUGCUUUUGACGUUGCAAAAGGCUCUACUUUGUGACCGUUCAAUCUCCAUAAGCCAAAAAGCGGCGGGUGAUAGGUCCCACCCUGUUAUGAGCUUCACUGAACGUGUCCCAACGCUAGAGGUCCAAAGCCCUGCUGUGCAGUGCAAUUCUAUCCGUAGGCUUGUAUGGUGGUGCCAAGACGACACAGCAUCAUGAUCAUACUAUACAUGACGACACAGCAUUAUGAUCAUACCAUACAUGCAUUUUGUAUUUUUCUACUUUGAUGCCAAACGUAAUGCCUCUAUUCUUCGGUAUUUCUUUACAAACUUCUAUAAACACUUUCCCGUUUCCUCCUCAGUUCUGUGUUCUUUCUUCUCUUCAUUUCGAUUUGCAUCGUUUGCUCCUUUACAUCCUUUUAAAGUUUGCCUAUAAAAGCCUAAGUCAUUGUUUUCUCUAUACUCCCAACAAAUAGUGUUUCUUCCUUUCUCUGCUUUUCCUUCUCCGUGUAACUUGUUACUGUGAAAUUCCUUCUUUAAAGUUUUCCCUACAAAUUCAUGAAAAUGCUUCUUAGAAGCUCUUCGGCACCUAUCUUGGACUCAUGGCUACCCUACCAUAAAGACUUUUCACUAGUGACACAGCCAUUUCUUCAGCUUCCAAGAACGAGGUCAGUCUCCUUAACUUGUUCGUUUAGGUCUCAUUCACCCAUCGAUGAUGAUGAAUCCGCAAACAAAGCUCUAUGGGAAGCAGACCUCACAACCCCACCAAAGCCUAAACAAAAGAAUAAUCCCAUAUCUCACGGCUGUAGAAAACAACCAGAAAUCAAGGCCAACGAAAAGGAAGAUCAAGAAGUGGAAGAAUCCACUAACAAUGAAGGAAGUGGUAUGGAGACAACAGAGUUUCCAUCAUUACAGACAAUGCUAUGGGGUGGAAGAGUUGGAAACGAUGGAACUGGUGGGGGGUCAGGUAUUGAGGGACGAUUGGAUGGUGGAGAUGAAGGGUGGGGGUUCAAUGAGAGUGAUGGUGUGGACAUGUAUUAUCAUAGCAUGAUUGAAGCAAGGUUCUCGAUAGAGAUUCCUGAAGAUGAUGCAAAACCAGAGAAGUACCAUGGAAGAGCUAUAUUGGGCAGCAGCAAAAGUGACGGAAUUGUUUUAUCACAUUUGGCUGAUCUAAUAUGGACAAUCUACGGUGAUGCAGAACGUGCUGACACUUAUUUCCAACAAGCCAUUAAAAUUUGCAACGAUGAUUGUUAUGUAGCGGCUGCUUAUGCUCGAUUUCUUUGGGAUGAUGAUGACGCUGACAGAUAAUGAUAAUACCACAUCUUCCUUCCUCCAAUUCCAUAUAACUUCGCCGUCUUAUUUGUAAGGUUUGACUUUGACUGAAGAAUCUCACCUCCAACUUUCCUUCCUUCUUGGUAUUUUGACCCGGUCAAACACUAAACAAACUCGCUUAUAAUUCAUAACUCUGAUUUUUCUUCA